CUGGGAACUCACCCAAGGAAGAUGCAGGUCUCAAGAUGCGGCAGCAGGCCAAACAGUCAAAGCCCGUCCCCCUCAUCAUAACCACCUCCAACGCGGCGACUCCAGCACUCUCUCCACGCACUACCGGUCGCAACAUGCUCCAAACAGAGCUAAGAGCGUCAUUACGCUCAAUGCUUCUUUGGGAGAGACAGCAAAAAACCUCAACCACUAAUGCAGUGAGCAAGCGAUUUGGAUCGCAGCCUCAAGAUUUUGAUCCUUAUUUUGUUGGAGAAACCAAGCCUGCAAGAUUUGGCCCGAUGUCCACCUUAGACGAACGAGGAAGCAGCGGCGAAGAUAGACGUGUAGCCCGUACCGAAUAUGUCGAUAGUCGUGUGGCAGAGCUCACCGGAGACAACGACCAGUCACGAGCGCCUGCGGGUUGGACUUCGCAAAUACUCCAGCCUAACCCAUACGCACAUGUUGAUCCCUCACGCAGUAACUCGCAGCCUUCAGCUCUCAUUGGCAUCCGAUCCAGCCCCAUUCUCCAUACCAACUAUGCAGAGGGUGCGCUGGGAACGAAUGCCGUUUCUCGCGUAGACUCACAUACGACAGACUUUGUUCUGAAGACCCCGGAAAUCUCCGAUGUUGGUCCCUUUCCGACAACAGAUUCGAACAAUCUUGGACUCCAUCUUGAAGACGGAAAUUGGCGGACGGGAGAUAUGGCUGGUCUCAAAGAAGCGGUCCAAGCCGCCCUGAGAGCUCUCGAUGCAACGCCAGAAGACCACCCUGACCGUGCAAGAUGCCUGAGAAAUCUUGGAAUUCAUCUUGGCAACAAAUACGCGAGGACAAGAGUAAUGGCCGAUCCCGAAGGAGCGGUCCAGGUCACUCAACAGGCUGUCGAUGCAGCUCCAGAUGAGAUAACUACAGCCACCAGAAAAAUGAUUCAAAUAUUCCACAAAGACGAGUCGCAAGAAUGUUUGUAUGUACGUGCUGUGGAAGACCCGGCUAUAGGGCCUGCGAAAUUGGAACACAAUUUAAGGCGUUUGUUCAAGCAGUGUGCUGAAGAUCUCAAGAACGAAGCAAGAGAUCAAUUGGACUACCUAGGUGCACGACUUGUAUUGCACCAAGCCACAGUUAUGGCUGAAACCGUUGUAUUACGAUAUAGGGCACCCAUGCAUGUUCACGUUCUAAAGGAAGAGGGCUCUGAUGAAGAGGGAACCAAGGAAGUGUUGGGCGAGACUAUAUUUGCCGACGUGCUCGUAUUUAUCCCGUUCCUCGACAAUAGCGAAGCACUCCAGAGGUUCCAAGACAAUCUCGAAAGAUUCGUCUCUUCCGAUUCAGCAUCAUCUCGAGAUCUGACUGCCACAGUAGAUCCAGGAAUCUUCGAUACUCAGUCCAUACCUGGAUCCGAUCAGAAACCUGCAGCAGUGUCCCAUGAUACAUUUGUGACAGACAACAUACAGUCACGCAAUUCUACGGGUCUAGGCGGUCGACAUAGAGUUGCCGAGAUGCUGCAGAAGGCUGGCAACAAAUUCGGGUCUACCGCUCACAACCAAUACGAUGCGAAACAAUACAACAACAGCAGGUCUGGGGUGAAACACUCAGAAGGCGAAAGCCCCGUGGGGCUGAGUAUAGAUGACCCGCACAAGAACGACAAUCUCGGCGACACACUCCAAGUGGAAGGCUCUUCCAGUCAUUUACAGCAAAAGUUCGAUAUCUUGGUAAGCCCUCUAGAGCCAAACGAUGCUUCCCGAGAAGUUCGGACUGUGCAAUUGAGGUGGCAAUGUGUAAGUUGGCUCGCCUCAUUGAGCGUUCCAUGUUUCUAACGUAUGAAAGCGGUGCAAAAAGAGCUUUGAGGGCAAUGUGACCGAAUUAAGAGACGACGGCAUUCUGGAUCUUGUAAAGCGCAUGGAAAGAUCCAUCGGAUCCAGGGUCACCGUUACUACUGCUCCUGCCAAUCCGAGCCAAGCGAAACUUUUGUACCGACGAAUGACCUUGCAGCUCAAUGACACCUGGUCGAAGUUCACGUCAAGGUUU